GUGUGCCCAGAUACUGUGAAGGUUUGAUGACACACACAACGCCACAGAGCAGGUUGCCUCAUUCAGAGAAAGGAUAGUCAUGGGGAAGACAGGUGGAAGAGACGACUUUGAAUGGGUUUAUAAUGACCAGCCGCACACUUCAAGAAGAAAAGAAAUUCUGGCCAAAUAUCCAGAGAUCAAGACUCUGAUGGGUCCAGACCCCCAGCUGAAGUGGGUGGUAUCAGGCAUGGUCCUAACCCAGCUCAUGGCCUGCUAUCUGGUCCGCGACCUCUCCUGGAAGUGGAUCUUCUUCUGGGCUUACGCCUUCGGAGGCUGCAUCAACCACUCCCUGACUCUGGCUAUCCACGACAUCUCUCACAACGUGGCCUUUGGCAACAAGCUGGCGAAGUGGAACCGCUGGUUUGCCAUGUGGGCCAACCUGCCCAUCGGGUUGCCUUACUCUGCCUCCUUUAAGAAGUACCACAUCGACCACCAUCGGUAUCUGGGUGGCGACCAGCUGGAUGUUGACAUCCCAACAGACAUUGAGGGAUGGUUCUUCUGCACCCCAGCCAGGAAGGUGCUCUGGCUCUUCCUCCAGCCCUUCUUCUAUGCCCUUCGCCCAUUGGUGGUCAAUCCUAAGCCAGUGUGUCAGCUGGAGAUCCAGAACGCAGUUGUUCAGCUCACAGUAGACUUAAUUAUCUACUAUCUAUGGGGGCUGAAGCCCAUUGUUUACCUUAUUGCGGGUUCUAUCCUGUGUAUGGGAUUGCAUCCUAUCUCUGGACAUUUCAUAGCUGAGCAUUACAUGUUCCUGAAGGGACACGAGACAUAUUCUUACUAUGGAUCACUGAACUUGAUCACCUUCAAUGUUGGGUAUCACAUGGAGCACCAUGACUUCCCAAGCAUACCUGGCAGUAAACUACCUCAGGUUAAACAAAUCGCAGCAGAGUAUUAUGACUCCCUGCCUCAACACUCUUCCUGGACCCGGGUAUUAUGGGACUUUGUGUUUGACGACAGCAUCGGCCCCUAUGCCAGAAUCAAACGGAAAUACAAGCUAAGCAAGCAGGAAUAGAUCUGUGACUGAUUAUGUUUCCCUUUAACAUGAAUGUGAAUUUGAGUCAGUUAAAAAUCUAAGGACCACUGAAAUAUCAUCGCAGUUCAAGGAAAUGGGAAGAAGAUUUAAUGUUACAACUUACCCCUAUUUUUUCAUGCUUCUAUUCGUGCUAUAAACAGAAGGCCCAUUGUCAUGACACAGUGAUGGCAGUGAUACAAAAAGGACAAUAUAAUGAAACACUUAUAUUUCCUUAACUGCAAUAAUAGUAUUCAACAGAAAAAAAACACAUUUUUAUAGGAUUAUGGUUGCAUACAUUCUCAUGAGGUUUUACAGAGAUGUCAUUAGCUUUUCCUGCCUAUAAGCAUUACAUCAAGCUACUUAAAAGUUUAUGAAUGUGAGAAUUGAGGCUCACAUUGCCUCUCAGCUAACUUAAUACAAUUUCACAUCGAUCAUGCAGAACAGUGCUGAGGUUGAAAAUGAGCAAUGAAACUUACCUUUCAGUAAAAGGAGCCUUUUCUUUGGUGACGCGCCAUUCUGCUUAUCUGCAGCUCCAUCGUGCUGUAAAUUGUUUGAUUACAUCUACUGGGAGUGGACAAAAUAAUAGAAACACUGUAUAAUGCAAAAAAAGUAGUUUCAGGUUGAGUCUCAUAAUGUUUGGUGCUUUUCAAAACUGUCAGGGGUGCUGAAUGAACUCAGUGGUCAUUUCAUGUUGCUCGGCAAAUAUCCCAUUAAGACUCUUUCAGUCAGUGUUAGUGAGAGUCUUCUUGUGACUACUGGUUCUCCUCGCUCGUGCAAUUUUCCUAUUUUUGGCCUUUUCGCCAUAUUACAUAAUUUUUGUGUGGUCAUGGCCGAUGCACCACCAAUUCAGGUAGUGAGAAAUAUUAAUCACAAUAUUCAUGUUGUGAGUAUACAAGGCAACACAAGAAAACUUGUACAAGUAGGCUAAAUAUUCACUGCCUGAAUUGCUUUGCAUCCAACACAAAAUACAAAAUCAUAUGUAAUGAGGUGACGAGAAAAACCUCAGAAAUCAAAGUGGUCACAAGUAGUCCCGGACCUUCACUCAAUGAAAGUCUUUUAACAACAGCAAAGUAACACUUCUGACUUAUAAAUAAAAACAUUACAAGCUCUACCAAAUUAGCAUUUACUGCAGAGCUAUUGUAUUGCACGGUGUUUGUUAUCUUGUCCACCCACUGUUUGUACUUAAUCUGUGUUGUGAUUGAUAAGCAUGAUCUUUGUUGUUUCUAUUUAAAUGACUGUACUAUAUAUGAAAACACUAAAAAAGAUCAUUUAUAAGAAGAAACUACUAUAAAGAAGAGUUUGUGUUUGA